UUCUAUAACAAAAAAAAAAAAAAGAUUGAUUGGCCCGGAUUCGGGUGAGGAUCCGAGUCCAAGUCCAGAUCUGGUGCGGGCAUAGAGACUAGUCAAGUGGCGUGCAGUGGGUGUGGUGCCUGGUGCGGUAAGCCGAGACGAAGCCCGUAGUGUUUGCUGAGAGAGAGAAAGAAAAGGAAAGAGAGAGAAAUGGCUUGGAGUGCGACGAUGGUCGGAGCGCUUCUGGGACUGGGCACCCAGAUGUACUCCAACGCUCUCCGUAAACUUCCUUACAUGCGCCAUCCAUGGGAACACGUGGUGGGUAUGGGACUCGGGGCCGUGUUCGUGAACCAGCUCGUUAAAUGGGACGCUCAACUACAGGAGGACCUCGACAAGAUGCUCGCCAAAGCCAAGGCCGCCAACGAGCGCCGCUACUUCGAUGAAGAUGAUGAUUAGCUUGCCUUUCCAUGGAUGUGGUGUCUUCAGACAAGGCAUUCUUGUUCACAGAAAUUGAGGGUCUUCAAGUUGUAGAUGUUUGUUUACUUUGCAAUGGUGGUCUGUUUUAAGGCUGAGAGAACUCUUCCAAGUCAAUUUACUUUUUGCUAUGCAAAAUCUUUGAGAUGCUUGCAGACUGGCUAAUGCAAAAUCUUCAUCAAUAAUGGCAACACUUAGCUUUUUCAAGGAAAA